AUGGCCCGGGCCAGAUCCGAUCCACCAGACUCGGAGAGCGACGGCGUGAUCGCACAUAGCUCCGUCACAACGCGCAUCACGGACCGACAAGGCAGGACGCUCACGUUCGAGGAUCCUCAACACGAUGGACAACUGCAAGGAUCAGACACAACGAACGAUGGCGGUAUAUACUUGCGUCCGCUGCCCGCUUCGGCGCGCAAGGGCCUGAAGAUCCGUACAUUGGUCACAUUCCAACCCCGCCAAUCGCGGUUUGACCGCUUCAACAUGGACUCCUCCAAGGACGGAUUCCGAGGGUUCUACACGCUCUUCUGGAUUGGGAUCUUCCUCCUCAUGCUUAACACAUUUUAUACCUCAUAUAAAGAAACCGGCCAAGUCCUCUCACUGACCUUCGCCACACUCUUCUCGCGCGACGCCAAGAUCCUCGCGAUCUCGGAUGGGAUCUUAGUCGGGCAUCUUUUCCUAUGCGUACCUUUCAUUGGCAUCACCCAGCGCGGCUGGAUCCCUUAUUCGACCGGACUCAUCUACCUGCAGCAUCUAUGGCAAGCAGUCAUGCUCGCCGCUGUGAUCAAGUGGACGCACUUCCGCAGUUGGCCUUGGGUCCAGAGCGGCUUCUUCGUCCUGCAUACGCUCGCCAUGAUGAUGAAGAUGCACUCGUACAUUAGCGUGAAUGGAAAUAUGGCAGACACGUUCUGGCAGAUGAAGCGCAAGGAGAAGUUGCUGCGAACCAGGGUGCUCGAGGUGGAAGGCGUCGAGGUGGAAGGCGUCGAGGUGGACGUUAAAGCGGAAGAGCAGGAUGCGACAUCGGCGAAUGCACAGGAUGAGAGACUGCAGCGCGCAUGGAGAAAAGCGUGCGAGGAGGCGCUGGGGUCCGAGGACAUCGACACGCAUUGGUGCAGCUUAGAGCUGCAGCAAGGCACCUCGCCUUUGCGCUACCGAUCGCAAUCUAGUGCAGCCACAAAGGAGAUGCGAGGCAUUUCCAGUGCAACGGUCUUGUCAAGCAAGGCUACCACAGAAGAGUCUUCUGCGGCAGAGGAUGACGAUCCGAGGAUCUCUGCGUCCACCUCCCCUGCUACGUCCAGUACUGCCACUCCGAACGGCAGCGCAAACGGGUACGGGAAUGGACAUAGCGACUAUUCUAGCGGCGCUAUUGGUUCCAAAUACAAGGAGAAGAAGGACAACUUCAUGAUCCGUGAUCCGCAUCCACUUGCCACUCAUCCGGACGCGAGCAUCGCCAAGCUGGCGUCGGACAUUGAGAUCAUGCGCGAAGAGCUACUCUCGCACAUCGACCACCACCAUAUCGACAACGGCGACUCGCCCUCGUCCUCUGCACCCGGGCGCGUCGCGUGGCCGGCGAACGUGACAUAUCGCAAUUUCUGGGAGUACCUCCUGAUCCCUUCUCUCGUCUACGACCUCGAAUUUCCGCGCACCAAGUCGAUCCGCCCGCUGUAUGUGCUCGAGAAGGUCUCCGCGACGUUUGGCACGUUCUUCGUCAUCUACGUCAUCACGGAGCAUUGGAUCAUGCCGUUUCAGCCGGGACCGAACGAGACGCUCAUCGGCACUUUUUUGCAGCUCGCCGUGCCAAUGAUGAUCAACUAUCUACUGAUCUUCUACAUCAUGUUCGAGUGCAUUUGCAAUGCCUUUGCAGAACUCACCAGGUUUGCGGAUCGAGAGUUCUACAGCGACUGGUGGAACGCGACAUCCAUGGAUGCGUUUUCGCGAAAAUGGAACAAGCCUGUACACAACUUCCUCUUGCGACAUGUCUACGCGUCGAGCAUCGCCGUCGGCGCAUCCAAGGCAUCUGCCAUGUUCGUCACUUUCCUCCUCUCCUCUCUAUUACACGAGCUCGUCAUGGCCAUCGUCUCCGGCAAAAUCCGUGGAUACCUCUUCCUGAUGCAGAUGGCGCAGUUGCCCCUCAUCGCGCUGGGCCAAGUUCCGUUCAUCAAGCAGAAUGAGACGCUUGGUAAUCUCAUUUUCUGGGUCGGCUUGAUGAUGGGGUUCCCGCUGCUGAAUAUUCUUUAUAUCUCAUAUUGAAAGCCAGUGGAUCAGAGCAGGGUCAUCAAAUGCAUCUCAUCUGUAUAUAUAUGCACAUUAAACCGAAACAAGGAAGCAUCAUUGGUAUCUAUCAAGCACUCAUCCAGUGCCUGCAAGAUCAACGAAGACUAGAAUGCAUUUCGUCCACAUGCUUGGUUAGGGAUCCGAGGAAACCGUUCAAGCCUUUCUCAGCGUAGUCUGAACAGGUUCUCUAACGUCCAAGAGCAUCAUGUCAAGGAACAUGGACUGGAACUCAUCACCCUGGGAAGAGUACAAUGGCUAGCUGCAAAGGUGCUGGCAUUGGGGUGUAAGGGCCUUGUGGGCUUUGGAUGCCGCACAGGUGUGGAAACUCCCUUUUCAGGCAAGU